AUGCCGCGCUACUACUGCGACUAUUGCGACACCUACCUCACGCAUGAUUCGCAAGCCGGCCGGAAGCAGCACAACCGCGGCUGGAAGCACCGCGAGAAUGUCAAACUCUACUAUGAGCAGUUCCUAGCCGGUCAGGGUGUCAUCAUGAACCCUGGAGAGUGGCUAAGAGGCCCAGCACCAGCGGGUUCACUGCCUCCGCGACCCAUGAACGGCGGGAUGCCCGGUGGAUACCCACCUCGUGGAGCUCCUCCUCGGGGCAUGAUGCCUCCUCCUGGGCCCGGAAUGCGUCCGCCAAUGUUUCGAGGACCCCCGCGUGGACCUCCACCGAUGGGCGCUAUGGGCAUGAGGGGACCACCAGGACCAGGAGGCAUGACCGGACCACCGCCUAGAUCAAUCUAUGGACCCCAGUAG